AUGUCCAGGCAGUCUGUCUGCAGAAGCUUUGGAGGAGGGAGUAGAAGGGGCUACAGCUCUUGCUCUGCCAUCGGUGGUGGUUUUGGAGGAGGUGGCGGCAGGAGCAGGAGCAGCUACAGCUCCUUCUCCAUGUCCAGGGGCUUUGGAGGUGGUGGACGUUGUGGAGGGUUCACCAGCAAGAGUCUCCAUAACAUGGGUGGCAGUGGAAGGAUUUCCAUGGGUGGCUGCUACGGAGGUGGAGGCUACGGAGGCAGGAUGGGUGGUUUUGGUGGAGGCUACGGAGGUCUGGGCAGCUUUGGUGGAGGAAUGGGUGGAGGAGGAAUGUGUGGCUUUGGAGGAGGAAUGGGUGGUGGUGGUGGAAUGGGUGGCUAUGGUGGAGGAAUGGGUGGUUACGGUGGAGGAAUGGGUGGUGGUGGAGGAAUGGGUGGUUAUGGUGGCUCAGGCUUUGGCAUGCCAGGCUUUGGUGGCCCUGGCAGAGGUGGCCCUGGAAUCCAGCCAGUGCAGAUUGACUCAACCCUUCUCCAGCCAGUCCAUGUCGAGAUUGAUCCCCAGAUCCAGCAAGUCAAAAACCAGGAGAAGGAACAGAUCAAGACUCUUAAUAACCAAUUUGCCUCUUUCAUUGACAAGGUCCGUUUCCUGGAGCAACAGAACAAGGUCCUGUCCACCAAGUGGGAGCUCCUCCAGCAGCAGGGGCCCUCGGCACCCAGGAAGAACCUCGAUGUCAUCUUUGAGAGCUACAUCCAGAACCUGAAGAGGCAGCUGGACUCCAUCCUGCAGCAGAGGGGACAGCUGGAGUCAGAGCUGCAGAACAUGCAGCAAUACGUCGAGGAGUACAAAAGCAAGUAUGAGGAAGAGAUCAACCGGCGCACAACUGCGGAGAACGAGUUUGUGGUGUUAAAGAAGGACGUGGACUGUGCCUACAUGACCAAAGUGGAGUUGGAAGCCAAGGUGGGAGCUCUGACGGAUGAAAUCAACUUCCUGAGGUGCAUCUACGAGGAGGAGCUGUCCCAGAUGCAGAACAUCAGCCGGGACCUGUCGGUGGUGGUGUCCAUGGACAACAACCGUCACCUGGAUCUGGACAGCAUCAUCGAGGAGGUCAGGAGGCAGUACGAGCAGAUCGCUCAGAGCAGCCGGGCUGAAGCUGAGGCGUGGUACCAGAGCCAGUACGAGCAGCUGCAGAGCACUGCUGGGAGGCACGGGGACAACCUCCGCAACACCAAGAUGGAGAUCCAGGACCUGACCAGAAACAUCCAGAGGCUGCGAGCCGAGAUCGAGAACGUGAAGAAGCAGAACCAGCAGCUGCAGGCAGCGAUUGCUGAGGCUGAGGAGCGUGGGGAGAUGGCCCUGAAGGACGCCAGAAUAAAACUGGAAGAGCUGGAAAAUGCCCUGCAGAAAGAUAAGGAGGAGCUGGCUCGCUUGCUGAAGGAGUACCAGGAGCUGCUGAACAUCAAGAUCGCGCUGGACGUUGAGAUUGCCAUGUACAGGAAGCUGCUGGAGGGGGAGGAGAACAGGCUGUGCAACGAUGGAAUGUCCAACGUCAAUGUCUCUGUGGUAGGCAGGACCACCAUCUCUGGAGGAAGAGGAGGCAUGGGAGGCUUCGGAGGUGGCAGCGGCAUGGGAGGAGGAAUGGGAGGAGGCUCCUGUGGCUUCGGAGGUGGAAGCAGCAUGGGAGGAGGAAUGGGAGGAGGCUCCUGUGGAGGUGGAGGAGGCUUUGGAGUAGGAAGCAUGGGUGGCAGCUGUGGCAUGGGAGGAGGAAUGUUUGGAAGUGGCUUCUCCUCUGGAAGCGGAAGGAUGUGCGGGUCCGGAGGUGGCACCAUGGGCUCUGGGGGAGGAUCCUCCUCCGUACGGAGAUGUGUCACAACCACCUCCAUCAAAUCUUCCGGCGUGAGAUUCUGA